AUGACUUCCCUGUUCAGUGGUGACUGUUACAAAGACAACAUUGUACCAGGAAAAACGGUAACAAAUUUCCACUGUAAUCAUUUUAAUAAACAUAAAGAAUUACACGUUGAUUGUUCUUACAGAAACUUGACAGUUGUUCCAGAUACACCAGCUGACACGGUUUACCUUUAUCUACAACAUAAUUUAAUCGGACAAAUACUCAAUAAAACAUUUGCCCUUUUGAAUAGGUUGGAUGUCUUAGAUCUAUCUUUCAACAAAAUCACUGCAAUCAAUAUAGAUUCAUUCACAGGCCUCCAGAAUCUGCGGUUUCUUUAUCUCAGUGGUAAUUCACGAUAUCAGGAAUUAAGUUUGCCAAAAAAUGUAUUUAAUCAUUUAGGCAGUCUUACUGUGUUAGAUUUAUCCUACAACAACAUAAACUCAAUUCAUGAGUACACAUUUGGUGGACUUGUUAAACUACAGCACCUUAAACUGAACAAUAACGGGAUCGACAAAUUACCAAAUGAUACCUUCCAAUACACACCAAAGCUCGUUAUUCUUGAUUUAUUUUAUAAUUCAUUAUAUUCAGUAACUAAAGGAAUGUCCACUGGACUCGGAACCCUGCAUCAGCUUAAUCUCGGUGCUAACUUCAUAGAAAAUAUUGAAAACAAUGCGUUUCAAUUGCUAAUCAAUUUAACUGUAUUGAAUUUAUUUUUCAAUUCGUUGCAUUUAGUCAAUCAGCAAAUGUUCGCUGGGCUUCCAAAGUUGCGUCAUAUCAACUUAAUGACCAAUCAAAUGAAAGAAAUAUCAAAUCAUACCUUUGAAAAUUUAACGGAUCUUAGCAUACUGGAUCUAUCAAAUAACAAGUUGCAAUCACUGAAUGAAAAGACAUUUUUAGGACUGAAAAACCUUAAAGUUCUAAGACUCAACAAUAAUAAACUUAGAUAUAAUACGCAACAGCUGCCUCCAGGGUGUUAUAAACCUUUAAAAUCACUGAAACAACUGUCUGUUCAAAAGAAUAAUCAUCGACGAAAAGACCUUUAUACGUUCAUUCUUCCGGAUGAAACUGUUAAAGAUUUGAAAAUGUUGGAAAUACUGGAAUUAGAUGCUAAUGCCGAUGACGAAAGAAUUCUAGGGAUUGGAUUUUCGUCCUUACAUAAUCUUUCUUCAAUGAUUUUUAGAGGUUUUUGUAAUUUUUCUUUAUAUAAUGACACAUUCAAAUACACGCCAAAUUUGACACAUUUAAAUCUAUCUUUCAACACAAUCAUUACAAUGAAUGAGGAUUUAUUCGCAGGCCUUCAAAAUCUGCGGUUUCUUUUUCUCAGUAGUAAUUCACAAUAUCCUAUUGAUGAAAGUUUAAAAAUUUUAGAAACUCAAAAUUAA